AUAGACAUAUAAAUGACUAGACGCUUCUUUUUUGUUUUUAUUAUUUCCAAAAUAUGGAUACAGAAUAUAGGGGAAAACGAUUUUUAAAUAAAAACAGUGCCAGGAGUACAGGGAUUACCAAGAUUAUUAACAUAACAAUUGAUUUCAAAAACGUAACUCGGUCACGUUUGUGGCCUUAAGGUUGUGCUUGGUGACGCAAUUUCACUGCGACGGUAGCGGAAGAGACGUGGCAAAAAUGCUAACUAUUAGACGCUAUAAUAAUAUUGAGGAAAGUACUGGGCAGUUGUGUACAGUUUCAUGUUGAUGUUUGCACCGGUUUGUUUUUGACUCGUAUUUUCUUCUUCUUUUAAGGAAGAACAUGGGUUUGUGCAAGUGUCCUAAGAAGAAGGUAACGAACUUGUUCUGUUUUGAACAUCGUGUCAACGUUUGUGAGCACUGUCUUGUAUCCAAUCACAAUAAGUGUAUUGUACAGUCAUACCUACAGUGGCUACAAGACAGCGAUUACAACCCAAACUGCAGCCUGUGCAGUCAGCCCUUAGAUUCCCAGGACACUGUUCGGCUAGUUUGUUAUGAUUUAUUCCACUGGUCAUGUCUGAAUGAGCUCGCCUCCCGUCAGCCCCUCUACACAGCACCUGCUGGGUACCAGUGCCCAACAUGCCAAGGUCCUGUUUUCCCACCUUCAAACCUGGCCAGUCCUGUUGCAGACAUGCUGAGAGAGCAACUGUCCUCUGUCAACUGGGCCAGAGCAGGACUAGGCCUUCCACUGAUUGAAGAUCCACCAAAGAGUGAGGAAAGUACAACACAUGAGGAUACGAGUUACUCUGAAUGGUCAUCUUUUGAGACUCCUACAGUGGAUAUAAUUUUGUCAAACCCCACACCCACAAGUCUUCCACCUCAUCAGGAUGUGGAGCACAUGCACAAAAAUGGAGAAGUGAGUGGCCAAAAUCUCUCUGUCAUCAAUAUGAGCACCACCUCUACCUCCACAGAUACAAUCACCAUUAACACAGCUAUAUCCCCAAGAAAGGUAUAUGACACACGGGAUUCAGGACAAAGUGCAGUGAUGCAGAUUGACUUUGAUGACGAUAAAUACCGCAGACGACCUGCCCUUAGCUGGUUUUCACAGGUUCUAAAGAAUCGUACUGGCACUAAGAAAAAGGCCCUCACUCUGAAACAGCGCAUCUUCAUGUUGCUUUUGGUUGGAGUGAUUGGUUUCUUUACCCUCAUCAUAAUUAUGGCUAAACUGGGAAGGGCCUCAGCUGAGACGGAUCCAAACCUGGAUCCUAUGCUGAAUCCCAACAUCAGGGUAGGAAACAUGUGAUGGAUCCCCUUCCUGCUAAAACUCUAUAUGGAUUCAGCCUGCAGUUCAACUUUUGCUUAUAAAAUGUUAUUUGAAAAAGUUGAAGAAAGCAUGUUCCUCAGGAAUCUGGGACCAGUGUGAAAAUUCAAUUGUUUGGACUGUGGGAGAAUUGUGUGACGUGGUGGUCAACAAUAAAGAAGAUAAAGAUAGAAGUUGCACAACAAAUCUUAAAUUUCGCUUGGGUGAUAUUAUUAUAGGCUCUAUAAGUGUGCAACUGUGUAUUAUUUAGCUCUGUAAUUCUCCCUUGCAUACCUUUACAAUUGUUGUAUGAAAAUUGGGAUAAAAAUAUGCCAUUGUAUUGAAAUCUAUCUGUCUAUUGUUUCUCUGAGGUGUCAAACUUUUGAUUGCAUUUAUUAAUUGCUGAUCAAUUAGCAACCCCUGCCUGCGAGAUUAAUUUUAACAUAUGUAAAGUUUCUUUGCUGUUGACUGUAAAAAUGCAAAACUGAUUUACUAAAGCAUCUGAAAAUGUUUUGGUUGGCAUGCUUUAGUGGCACUAUUUUAGUCAUUAUAUUUUAGUAAAUACAACCUUUACAAAAGGCAGGUGAUAACUGUACUCUUUUGUUUUGUAGUUCAUAAAGAGUGCACAACUGUCUUUUGUCUGGGUUGUAUUCCAUCCCAAAAAUUAUUUAAAACAUUAAGCCUGUUUUAAAGCUAGUUUUUGUGAUAUUAUAAUUGUGCCAAUUCACCCUACGCUAAAAAAAUGCCAUAAACUGACAACUUGCUGACAGACAAAGCAAGUUACUUCUGGUAUGAAACACAGUCUCAGCUUUCAAGUUUUGUUAUUUAAGAAAUGUAAAACAAUAAACAGUUUUGUGACUUUCUAAUGUUUAAAACUUGCAGAACUCCCCACUGCAAUCCAAAACGUCAAACAUAUCUAUGUACUGCAACAUUUCGCAUAUUUCAGCUCCUGUUGCAUUUUAAGAAAGCGAUCAUCUGGGUUAACCUUACAGAGAUUGCUUAACUGUAGUAUAUACCAUAAUAUUCACAUUAUCUCUGAUUGUAGUUUACAUGUUUUCUCUUUUUUUUUCUCCUCUGUAAGUGGUUUUCCUAAUUUGUCAGUCUACUGUGAUUAUAGUACUAUUGGGUCAGUCCAUAUCAAGUGGUCCAGUUGAUCUUGCUUGACAAUUUUUCUUUUUUUUUUUUUUUUUUUUUUCCUUUUGAGUGAUUACCCUAUGUACUGUGUUAGUAUUUGAUAUAUGGUCAGUUUAUAAUACCAUUUUUUCAACUCCCCUAGAGUUAAGAUAUUGAGUUUUACCAUUUUUGAAUCCAUUAAGCCUAUCUCUGAGUCUGUAGCACUUUUAGCUGUAGAUUAGCAGGGAUCAUUAAAAAACAAAAGUUGUUUAUAAAUGUGCUAUAUAAUUAAACAUUACACACACACAUAUAUAUAAAUAAUAGAUAUGCACGCGAAUACAAAUACACCUUUGAAUUUUUGUAAAAAUUUUGUAAUUUACAUAUUCAGAUUUUUCAUUAUGUGAUUUUUAUUUUUAUUACUUUUUAUUUAGAAAACAAAAAGUUUCUAUCCACAAAAUUUGGUAUUUUGAGGUUCUACUUGUGAUUCAUCCAGUCAGCGCUUCAAAUGCACGCAAAAGGACCAAUCGGGAUCAACUUUCUUUGUUAUGUUGCCCGACUUCUCCUUAACAGCAGGAAAGAUUAAACAUUAAACAACAAUAAUUACAUAUCUGCAUAAUCAGUAAAUGCAAUGCACCAUUGUGAACAAGUUCCACAAAAUGGCACUUUUUAAAAACAUGAUGUGAUUUUUUUUUUUCACUCAUUAUUAGCAUGUGCAUAAAAAAGAUGUUCAUCUGCAAAAACUGAAUGGGCUUGAAUGGUUUUACUGCAAAAUGUCCUCUGGCGGUGGUAGCGAUGGUAAAAUCAUCUGCUCAGAUCAAACCCUUCUAAAGCCCUAUUUAGCGUCCAGGGCGACGCUGUUGAUCAAUCGGGACACUUGUCACUAUUUAAUACUAAUCCCGUGCAAAUAGGCCUUAUGUUACGAAAGGUAAGGAUGUAUGCUUUAUUCUUUAUUUUAUUUAUUUUUUAAAUUGUUAAAUAUCAGGGGAACAAUUGUAUAAUAAUUCCAUCCAUGUUAAAUAUAAAUCUAUAGAUGUGAGAAUUGUGGUAUUACAAAUUUAUAAAAUGUUAAAUGUGGGUUUCAAUAUAACCAUUUGAAUGGAAAAGUUAUGUAUAUUGUGACUUACAUUAUAAGAGCAGGAAGCCCAGGCCCUGAUCAGUUCCUGAACAUCUGGUAGGUUUCCCAAGUUAAGUGUUUAUGCUAAUCUCAAGAUACACUGUUUCAGGGUUUUUCUAACGCCUAUGCAUUUGAAUGACACUUGUAUGCUAAACAGAUCAAGGCUUGAAAAGUUCCUGUUUCUGUAUGUACAUGGUAGAAAGAAUACCAUGUCCUUUGUGUCAAACAAUGAGAUUUAUGUUCGGUCAUAAAAAUUCCCUCCCACCCCAUAACCGGACACCUGUUCAUGUACACCUGUUCAAUUUUAUGAAAAAAGACUGAAACAUUUCAAUCAAAAAUAUCAUCUACCUUUGUUAAAAUAUACCAAUAUAUAUGACCGGUACGUUAGUUUGUUAUGGAUAAAAGUUAAAUAAAGCCAAAAAUCUACAACAAAAAGUAUAGUACAAGAUACAUGUUUGAGCAUAAGUGUAAGAGACUACCUUUUAAAAUUGGUGUGUUAGACUCUGUUGCAGAUACAAAGUUAAAUAAAAUAGAACUGACCAGUUUACCGCAAUCUGAAAAAAAAUAAGAAAAAGCAUCAGACGUUAGUUAAAACAACAAGAUAGAAGUCGAAAUCUAUGUUGCCAUUAAAAAAAAAAAAAGUUACAAAUUAGAAAAAUAAGAGAGAGAAUCUCACUGUGAUCUACAAAACAUUUGAUUAUUGUUAAAACAGCAUACACCACUAAUCCAAAAUCUUAUAACGUUACAAUUUAGGAAAAACUAACUUUUGUCACAAGUUAGAAAAGUUAAACAAAGAGAAAUCCUGCAGAGGGAUUGUCAGAUUCAAACUGGGUUGUCAAAAAAAAAAGCAUCCGCUCCCAAACCACACCCAGGCCCCACUCCAGCCUCCCUAACACCUAACCCUGUUAGGAGAGACCCGCACGAAGACAGAUUUUAAACAAACAGAUGUUUUAACGUUAGAACAAAUAAUAAAUCUUUUCUUUCUAAACAUUUCUUAACUUAUUAGGCCAUUGUUGGUGUUUUAACAUAGUUAGAGCUUUUUACACAACACAUCCAAACCACAAGAAAAUGGUUAUUCAGAUCUUAAAACUUGUUUAGUAGUUAAAACAUACAAAUGGUGUGCACAAAUAUAAAGCCACACGUGGCAGAACUGCAGUUGAGUUUUGACUCAAUGCUGAAAGGAACUAAUGCUGUCUCUUUCACUUCCAGAUAGCAGCUUGUGACCGAUCAACCCAAAGAGUUGUAUUUAUGAACUCACUGCACCUAAGAGAUUGGAUGACCGAGCACUACCAAGCACUGGAACACCUACCCAUCGCCCUUUCAUCUUACCCCUGUAUUGUUUGUUAAUAAAGCCUCCCUCCCGGGUCUUUAUUUUGA